UGGACUAGUACGCCGAUCCAACAAACUCACAGGACCAAUAUUCAAGCCAUGGUCAAGGCGUUCAAUACAAAAACUUCCGACACAUGCGAUUGUCCCGGCCAAACAUCCUUUCCUGUGGCAAUAACAGAUGAAGUACAAGAGUGGGCGGCCCUCAAGAUCCAAUCCUUCAUGAAAAUGUGCUACGUUAAAUGGCUUCUUCGUUACCACAGUAAACAUGAUAAAAAUCGAAAAUAUUACGACCAAAUAAAAAAGGAUUCCAAGGCUUUUUUCCAAAGGCAUUUCGUCGAUCAAAUAGAACCCUUCAAACAUUUUCUUUUUGAUUAUUUGUUCAACUCAUCUUUUGAACGGUUCAAUUUUCUGCAACUUUCCAUCCCAGUAGAGCCCGUGGCACGUUUCGCAGAUUUAUUUGAGUUUGUCGAUGAUUUCAAUUUUACGGUUACCAGAUUGACCCGAGCCUACGAUUUUCCAGAAAGGGUACGAACUCGUCAGUGGUAUCCUUUGAAAACGGGUUGUUUGUUCUCGCAUUCCAGCAGAAUGCAUCGGUAUAUGAUCCGGGUGAAAUCUCCCAUCUCCAGCUCAAAAGUGAUUUUUGGGGUGAAGGUCCUGAAUAACGACGAGCUUAAGUUGGUUCCAAUGUCCGACGUGGAUAACAUGUGGGGAUUGUCUCAAAACAAUUUCGGCUACAAAGUGUUCAUCUAUAUGUUCGCCUUGGUUGAUUUUACCGACGAACUGACCAAAACUCCACCUCCAAAAUGGACCUUGGAAAUAGUCUUCCCCCGGAAGAUUGCCUAUGCUCAUUUCUGUAAUUUCUGCAAUGAUACUUUGUGUCCCUGCGAUCAGGCUCCUGCACCAGUUAAUCCAUUCCCAUUGAAAUGUACAGAAUCGGAAUUGCAAGAUUUCCAGUGUUUCAGUGAUGGCGGGGAAAGCUCUUCGAAGCAGGUUUUAAUAGGACAAUAUAAGAUAAAAGCCUACGACACUGUUUGCCUCAGUAUAUUCCUGGACUGUUCCUGUGAACACUAUGAAUUUUCUGUGAAAGUUAUCCAAACCCAGACGAAACGGACUAUAACAAGUGAAUUGGAUUUCGGACGAGUCGUUGCGGUCGGCAUUUAUUUGAAGCCGGUCUCAUCCAAUCGGCCUUAUCAUGUUCCGACGGAAUACACGGUGACCAUAAGUUGCUUACGCCGUGUUCGACCAAAUGUAGAACGGAUUUCACAUCGCAUAAGUUUAUCAACAAUCAAGUCUGUGAAAUCGAUAUCUGAAGCACCUAGUGUAUCAUCGAAAAAUGUAUCUUCAGUUAUAAUUGAACACUAUUCGUGGAGUGUGAAAUUUGCAUACGAUCCAGGCUCACAUAUUGAAAUCCAGCGCGAGAAUCUCACGGAUAGCCCCAAGUAACAACAUUUUUUUCAUUAUU